CUGAAAACACCAAAACGCUCUCACUACGAUCAGACUAACCAGAACUGAAUCCAACUCUGAACCAGAACCAGGACCUGAGCUGAGUCCAGAUCAGCCAUGGACAGAGUCAUCCUUCUGCUGUCGGUGGUGUCUCUGGGCGUCUCCUCUCAGCCAAUCACAGACGGCCAGCGUCUCUUCUCUAUCGCAGUCAGCAGAGUUCAACAUCUCCACCUGCUCGCUCAGAGACUCUUCUCUGACUUUGAGAGCUCACUGCAGAUGGAGGAGCAGCGUCAACUCAACAAAAUCUUCCUGCAGGAUUUCUGUAACUCUGAUUACAUCAUCAGCCCCAUCGACAAGCACGAGACACAACGCAGCUCUGUUCUGAAGCUGUUGUCUAUCUCGUAUCGUUUGAUCGAGUCUUGGGAAUUUCCCAGUCGUUCUCUGUCUGGAGGUUCUGCUCCGAGGAACCAGAUUUCCCCCAAACUGUCAGAACUGAAGACGGGGAUCCUGCUGUUGAUCAGAGCCAAUCAGGACGGAGCAGAGCUGUUCCCUGACAGCUCUGCCCUGCAGCUGGCUCCUUAUGGAAAUUAUUAUCAGACGCUGGGAUCCGACGAGUCGCUGAGACGAACGUACGAACUGCUGGCCUGUUUCAAGAAAGACAUGCACAAGGUGGAGACCUACCUGACGGUAGCGAAAUGUCGACUCUCUCCAGAAGCCAACUGCACCUUGUAGCCCCGCCUCUCUGUUGAUGAUGUAAUCCUGUGUGUUCUGUAGCUCCGCCUCCAUGUUCUCUGUAACUAGUCAGCCUCUGUUCAGUGUUUGGUGCUGAAACCCAGCGCGAUGAUGAAGGUUUCCUUAUGUCAUCAGGAUUAAAGCUGUGAACAGGAAGUGAUGUCAUGCUGUCAGCAUGUGAAAUAAAGUGUGAGCUUUGUUGCAUUCA